AUGACAAUGUUGAGUGCAGAUGCUCAAAUCCGGUACUUGGUGCAGUGGUUUCAAGAAUGGAGUGAAUUUCAGAGAUCAGAUUUUCUGCCGAUUUUAGCAGAGAAAUAUGCAAACAAGGCUUAUGUUAAUGGGAUUGUUAAUAGCAUUUCCAAUAUUGACUGCAGAGAUAAACCAAUGUCUUUGUUUGAGUGUAGAGUCAAAUUAUUCAAAGAAUGGUUUAUACAAUGGACUGCAGAACAAAAGCAUAAUUUUAUUACUCAAAUAUCAGAAAUCGACACUAAGUUUGCAGAAAAAUUGAAUGAAGAAAUUCAAAAUGGUGUGGCACAUGACCAUAAUCAUGAGGUAAAUGAAGAAGAAAUUUUAGAAGACUAA